AUGAGGGAGAGAGAACGUGAGAGUCGGUUGGAACAAGCAAUGGUGGUUGACCAGGGUGCGCGCCACGCACGCUUGCACAAGAUGCAGAAAAGAGCCAUCUUCUCGGAGAAUCCUUUUCUCGAAUCGACCAGGAACUCAACAGAAUACUCUUGGAACACACGAGCCAACCUUCUUUAUGUCGACCAACCUGCAGGAACAGGAUUCUCGGUCGGGCCGUUCGUAAACAACGGCUCAUUUGAGGCUGCCGACGACUUGUACAUGGCCCUACAGGAAUUCUUCGCUGAAUAUACCCAGUAUGGAGGCAAAGAUUUCUACAUCACCGGGGAGUCAUAUGCUGGUCACUACAUACCUGCCAUAGCUCAUAAAAUAUGGCGUGAGAACACUAAAGGGAUCGAGCCUCAUAUCAACCUUCGUGGACUGGCAAUCGGGAAUGGAUGGAUGAAUGCCGCAAUCCAGAAAGACAUACAAAAGAAACUCGGAGUCGACAAGAAAUUCAAAGAUUGCUCGUUAUACGUUGGGAAGUUCUCAAUGGACCGCCUAGCACCCUUUGACACACUUCUGCCCGACUUGUUAGACGCUGAGAUCAAGGUUCUUUUGUAUGCCGGAGAUCAAGAUUACAUAUGUAACUGGAUUGGUUAUGAGCAUGUGGCGGAUGCGAUGGAUUGGCCAGGGCGUGAUGCAUUUCUCGAAGCUCCCCGUUAUGAAUAUGAGAUAUACCGAGCUGGACAUUUCGUACCCAUCGAUCAACCAGAAGCAGCUCAUCUCAUGAUCAGCGACUUUCUCGAUGGUACUCUCGGACGAUCUUCUAGUAGAGCCGUGAUGAGCGAAGGCAGCCCUGAGCUGUAG